GAGGCGCGGGGAUUGAGCCCGCUAACGCGACAGGGUCAGAGGCCUGCGGGGAGGCACGGCCGACUUGCUUGAUCGUGUGAAAGGAUCGAGUUGGCCUUUGGGAAGGCUCGAGAAAGUAGUGGGCUGGCACCAGGCUUCGAUCCAGGCUCUUGGACACAGGCAUAACAAGGCUUCAGAAGGCUGGAGGGAUUGUGGGCUGCCAAGGGCGAAAACUAAGCUGUUUGUAAUCCGAGGUGUGGGCGGAACCUAGUAUUUAACCCCAUCAGUCAGUGUCGGGUUUGCAAAUCAACUUUGUAACAUUCUUCCCGGCUUGUACCCAGUUGCUAAGGGCGGAGAAGUGGAGUAAAUAGAGCACAGAUGGUCAAGCGGAAACCCUCUGCAGACUCAGCAUUUAGAAUUGUCUAACGUUCAGAAACAAUGCUGGUUUCCUCGCCUUUGUCAUUCAUUACUCAUUUAGUCUGUUGCACCUGGUAGUCCUACAGCGAGUGUUUAUGGGUCACCCGCGCUUACAAAAGAGACUGGAAUACUGGCACAGAGAGAUCCAUGAGUACACAUUGACUCAGCAAAUGCCAAGGAUAAACGACCAGUUGGGGAUGGGGACCGCAGAGCUUGUAUUCAGAGAAAGCCUCACACAUAAAGGCAAAAUGUGAGAUUCUCCAGACUGUGUCGUUGACAGUAGCUGCGCUCACAAGGCAGAGGAUCAUGAUGUACGUAUACGUACUACAGAGGUACCCGUGAGAUAAUGAACUUCAGGAAUUCCUUCUGGCCUUAAGUGCUGAUAGCACCCCUGCUAUCAUGGCUAGCACCCCUGCUAUCGUGGCAAACCUCUCUAAAAUGUACUGAACUUUCUGAAAGAAAUGUGGCAACACCAACCCCACAGAGUGACACAAUCCAAGGAUUCUCCAUAUGCCCAAGGGAAGCAGAGUCAUGACAGCAGGCAGGAGGGUGGUAGGCAGGCUAUGUCUAUUUUCCAGAAAAGGGCUAGACUUACAAAGAAGCCUGUGCUCCUGCUUGAGCAUGGUCUUGUUAACCCUGCUGCAGAUCUAAGUGAAGGUUGGCUUUUAAGAGAGGCAAACCUUUUGAGCUGGGAGGAGAAAUGAUAACAGCUCUAAGCCAGUUUUGUUAUGAAGACAAAAAAAAAACCCAUGAAGUCAUAAGCAGAAGGGAAUUAGGUCUGGUGCAAUGUUCCUGUUGAAGUACCGUGGUGUAGGAGGAUGAUAGAAGGAAUCAGUUGGUAGGAGGACUUUAGGCCAGGUGAACAGGUUGAAAGGUCUAAGGGUUGAUGCUGUCUGUAACCCAAAUACCAAGACAGAAAACAAUUGAGCUUUUCCGUAUGUGUCACACUCACUUGUAUCUGAGUAACCAAACAUCCUACUGAUGCAGAGGGAGGAGAAGCAGCUUGAGGCAUCAUUAGAUGCCCUGCUGAAUCAAGUGGCUGAUCUGAAGAAUUCGCUGGGGAGUUUCAUUUACAAGUUGGAAAACGAGUAUGACCGGCUGACCUGGCCUUCUGUCCUGGACAGCUUUGCACUGCUGUCUGGACAGUUGAACACUCUGAACAAGGUCUUAAAGCAUGAGAAGACACCACUGUUCCGUAACCAGGUCAUCAUCCCCCUGGUGCUGUCCCCAGAUCGAGAUGAAGACCUCAUGCGUCAGACUGAAGGACGAGUGCCUGUUUUCAGCCAUGAGGUUGUCCCUGACCAUUUGAGAACCAAGCCUGACCCUGAAGUUGAAGAGCAAGAGAAGCAGCUGACAACAGAUGCUGCCAGAAUUGGUGCUGAUGCAGCUCAGAAGCAGAUCCAGAGCUUGAAUAAAAUGUGCUCAAACCUUUUGGAGAAAAUCAGCAAAGAGGAACGCGAGUCAGAGAGUGGAGGUCUCCGGUCAAACAAGCAGACUUGCAACCCUGCAGACACUAAUGCUUUAGUGGCAGCCGUUGCCUUUGGGAAGGGGCUGUCUAAUUGGAGACCUUCAGGUAGCAGUGGUCCUGGCCAACCUGGCCAGCCAGGAGCUGGUACAAUCCUUGCAGGAACCUCAGGAUUGCAGCAAGUUCAGAUGGCAGGUGCUCCAAACCAGCCGCAGACAAUGCUCAGUGGAGUCCAGAUGGCUCAAGCAGGGAAAAUGCCAAGUGGAAUAAAAACCAACAUCAAGUCAGCUUCAAUGCAUCCCUACCAGCGAAUAAAAGUCAGCCUCAUUUCGCCUCGGAGAUCUACUACAUUGAACCACAGCCAAUUUCCCUUGCCUUCCCCCCCACCUCCACCCCCAUCCACUACCUUGAAGGCUAGUUUAGACAGUGAUUCACAGUUUUUGCCUGGGGCCACUUGUAUUCUCCCAUCUCCAUUCCAGGAAAUCCUUUCCGUGGCUCCUUAAGCUAGGACUCAUCUAAGUUUAUAGGCUCUGAGAGGCAUGGUGGUGGCAAGCUGCUGCUUUCCGCUAAGGCCUCCCGCCACCCCAAUCAGCCCUUAGCAGGCACAGCUGGCCCUCCUCUGCCCCUGCUGGAUAAGUCUUGAGGGAAUGGUUGAACCCUAGAAUUUCCCCGAAGUCUUAAGCCGCGCCUGUGGCAGACAGCCGAUGAGUGGGUCCUCGUGCUGGACUGGACAGAGGACCGCGAAUGAGACCAUGCAGGCUGGACGUCAAGAAGGAGCUGGGUGCAAGCCAAGCCACAGUCAUCAGCGGGGCAGGCUGAG